ACUUACUUAUCUCAACACACCUCUUGUUGCCAGCUGUCAGUUAGCUAACGUUACCUAGUAGUGUGUUUUGUUCUUCAGGGUGACAACGCUGCAGCGGUCCCGUAAAAAAGUUGCCUUUCAUUAAAGUUUCCUCCAAAUGAAGCAACUAAAGUUGCUGUCAAUCUUAGGCGGAGGUCGCUUAGCAACAAGGGGCUGCGCUUGGAGAGAGUGAGUUGCGUUCAAGAGCAUCAAUGAAGCCGAAGCACACUGACGCAAGCGAAGAGAUUCCGCAUUACGUCACCGCGAAGGCCACAUACUGGAGGCAAAUGCUGCCCGUGCACUGCUCAGCCAGUACGCUACCCGAAAAUUUCCACCGCACAGGCUUUCCAGAAGAGCGGCACAAGAACGGCCGCUUCGUGCGGUGAUGCAGCAACCUACACCAAAGAAACCCUGAUCGCACUACAGGACACGACCGGCUGUCGGAUUGCUGGAUGGAAAACAGUGAUGUUGCAUGACAUGCCUCGGAAUAAAUUCUGAAUGAUUGAAGACAUCGGUUGGAGCGGUGACAAUAUGGCAGAUAGAAGGCAACUGUUUGUGGAGAUGAGGGCUCAAGAUUUGGAUUCCAUACGAUUAUCGACAUACAGAACAGCAUGCAAACUCAGAUUUCUGCAAAAGAGAUGCAAUUUGCAUUUGGUUGACAUUUGGAAUGUCAUCGAGGCUUUCCGAGAGAAUGGCAUCAACACCAUGGACCUCAACGCUGACCUCUCUGUGGCUCGUCUAGAAGUGGUACUGUCCACCAUUUUUUACCAGCUGAACAAGCGCAUGCCCACCACCCACCAGAUCAGCGUGGAGCAGUCCAUCAGCCUGCUGCUCAACUUCCUGCUGGCAGCCUAUGACCCGGAGGGCCAUGGCAAGAUAUCUGUCUUUGUUGUGAAGAUGGCCCUAGCAACCAUCUGUGGAGGGAAAAUACUCGAUAAAUUAAGAUACAUUUUUUCUCAGAUAUCAGAUUCUGCUGGAAUAAUGGUGCACUCGCAGUUUGACCAAUUUCUGAGGGAGGUUCUCAAAUUACCCAUGGCGGUUUUUGAGGGACCUUCUUUUGGUUACACCGAACAAGCUGCAAGAACAUGCUUUGCACAGCAGAAAAAGGUCUCCCUCAAUACAUUCCUCGAUACGUUGAUGUCAGACCCGCCUCCUCAGUGUCUGGUGUGGUUACCGCUCAUGCAUCGGCUCGCCAACGUGGAGAACGUCUUUCACCCAGUCGAGUGCUCCUACUGCCAUACUGAGAGUAUGAUGGGCUUCCGCUACCGCUGCCAGCAAUGUCAUAAUUACCAGCUCUGUCAGGACUGCUUCUGGAGGGGGCAUGCCAGCGGUUCCCAUAGCAACCAGCACCAAAUGAAGGAGUAUACAUCAUGGAAAUCCCCUGCUAAGAAGUUAUCCCAUGCCCUCAGUAAGUCACUGAGCUGUGCGUCCAGCAGAGAGCCUCUUCACCCCAUGUUUCCUGAAAUGCCUGAGAAACCUCUCAACCUAGCUCACAUUGUAGAUACGUGGCCACCGAGACCAGUGAACUUCACCAAUGACUACUCACUCUCCCACUCCAUGCCUACAUCAGGGAACCCUUACUCCACCAAAAAGUUGAACUACAACCUUGAUGUUGCUGAUAGACUUGCUGACGAACAUGCUCUGAUUGGCCUCUAUGUGAAUCUACUCCAAAACAACCCCAAAACCUGUUUGCUGGAGAGCAGUAACCAUCAAGAUGAAGAGCACAGUCUCAUCGCCCGCUAUGCUGCUAGACUGGCUGCUGAUGCUGCGGCUCAACAGCAGAGGGUCCCCACAGACCUCCCCUGCUCUCUGGAUGCCAACAAACAGCAGAGGCAGCUCAUUGCCGAGCUCGAGAGCAAAAACAGAGAAAUCCUACAGGAAAUCCAGCGGCUGCGCCUUCAGCAUGAGGAGGCCUCCCAGCCACCACCUGACAAGGGUCAGCAGAACCCCACUCUGCUGGCUGAGCUACGACUUCUCAGGCAACGCAAAGAUGAGCUAGAACAAAGAAUGUCUACUCUGCAGGAGAGUCGCAGGGAACUCAUGGUGCAGCUGGAGCAGCUAAUGAUGCUUCUCAAGACUCAGGGUCCCGGCUCUCCUCGCUCUUCCCCGAGCCACACCAUCAGCCGGCCGAUCCCCACACCAAUCCACUCGGACUCUGCCGGCACGACCCCGACUCACACACCUCAGGACUCACUCAUGGGCGUGGGAGGGGAUGUUCAGGAGGCCUUUGCUCAGGGUCCAAGGAGAAAUCUGAGAAAUGACUUACUCAUUGCUGCUGACUCCAUCACCAACACAAUGUCAUCACUGGUUAAAGAACUCAAUUCAGAGGGUGGAAGUGAGACUGAGAGCACUGUGGAUUCAGACUUUGGACGUGUUGACCUAUUGGCCACAACUUCUUCAGAUCCCUUCUUCACAUAUAAACCAAGAAGUGCCAGCGCUGCAGAGGCGGAGAGCUUUGAAAACGAUCUGGAGCAGCAGCUGGAGGACGAGCUCACGUUAGAGGAGCUUAUGAAGCACAGGCAGGACCCAGACAAAGCGUGCAUGGUGACGCUGCAGCAGUGACUGUGUUAGUCCAGGCAACUGGUGAGCAAUAUGAAAAGCAACAAUAGUAGAAGACACUGGAGGAGACAACACUGGGCUGACGUUACAGAGAACUGAAGAUACGAAGAAUUUAAGUUCCAACCACAGAAUACAUUUAUGUAAAGAUAUAUUUUUUAACCAACCACAUAUUUAAGGUUAUACUGUGAGCUGAUGUAAAGAGAUUAAUUGGUGAUGUGUCUGUUAUACCACAGGUGCCAUAAAAACCACAUAACUUUGGGGAAUUAUUUCUUAAUUUUUAGCCUUUUUACAUGAGUUGUCAAGCAAAUGUACAACUACACUGUUAGGGUGGCAAACUGAAACGUUUCUGAAAACAAUGAGGUUAAAGUGUUGGACUUGAAGUUAUAGAUGAUAAAAUUUGCAAUAUUUUGUAAAUGUAUAACUCUGACAGAUUUUACCACUAUUCCAUAGAUUUCUUACUGUUGCUGUUGAGUGGCUUUUGUAUUGUUUUUUGACUUGGUUUUUUUGGAGCAGGCCGAUCAGAUAAGUUUGUUUUAUUUGAUACAUUAGUAAUCAUAAUGCACACUGCCUUAGCUGAUUGGAUGACCUCUCAGCAGAGCUUUUUCAAACUGUCAAUGCAGCAUGUAGCAAAACAGCAGCAAUGCUAGUUGCCUUCACUGGACAAAUGAGGCUAAGCUCAUUAAAUCUAAUGCUGAGAAGUGAUUUUAUCUGCAGAGGGAUUUGUUCUGCAAACAUGUACACUGACAAUAUAUAAAUUGUUUAUUAAAUAUAAGCUAUAGAUGGAUUGGUUCUAAUAUCUGAAUGUGUUGGUGAAAACGAUGUAACACGGAGACUUCCAAAUCACUCAAAUUCAAAGGUUUACACUGGUAAGGGCAUUGAACAAAUUUUGUUUACUAAGUAGUUUAUGAAUUAAGGUUAGACCACGGAUCAUUUGCCAUUGUUCCAUGUGUUAGCGUCAGUGCUCUCACACACACACAUCUCUGUGUGACUUGCACACAAACAUACACACUCUUGAUGUAUUUUCUGAGUGUGCGUGAAACUUUACUCAGUCACUUUGGGAAAAGUGGCAAGCCAAUCUAAAAUCAUAAAUGUGUGAAAUAUAUCUAGUUUGAUUUUUGGGCAAGUUCAUAGCAGUGAUUUUGCAUGGUGGUGAUGCAUAAUAAAGUGUUGACACAAUAUCACAA